AUGGAUUCACGACCCAAUAUUUUAUUUAUCAUGGCCGAUGACCACGCUUCAAAAGCUAUCAGUGCUUAUGGUGCUGGCAUCAACAAUACGCCCAACCUGGACAGACUGGCCAAAGACGGAAUGCUCUUUAAUCACUGCUACGUCACCAACUCUAUUUGCACGCCAUCGAGAGCAGCUAUCCUGACAGGAACUCACAACCAUGUUAACGGAGUAAUGACUCUCGAUAACAAGAUCAACAAGCACAUGCCUAACGUAGCUAAACACCUCCGCGCUGGCGGAUACCGAACAGCCAUGAUUGGGAAAUGGCACCUUGGCGAGGGUGAACAACACGAGCCCACGGGGUUCGAUUAUUGGAGUGUUCUCCCAGGCCAGGGCGAGUACUGGGACCCUGAGUUCAUUGAGAUGCCAGUCUCUGGGAAAGGCGCUGGCGUUGAGCGAGAAGAGACUGGCUAUGUCACCGACAUCAUCACCAAAAAAUCCCUAGCUUGGAUAACGGCAACGAAAGACUCCAAAAAACCGUUCUUCCUCAUGUGCCAUCACAAGGCCCCACAUCGCUCUUGGGAAUGCGAUACGAAGCACCAGCAUCUUUAUUCCGAUAAACCUAUCAAGGUCCCUGAAACCUAUGAUGAUGACUACAAGAAUCGUGCCAAAGCUACUCGAGUCGCUAAGAUGCGGGUCGCAGAGGAUCUGACCUACCAGGACCUAGGGCUUGUGCAGCCUGAAGGCGGGCACUCUGUGGGUGAGCGCGUAAGACAGGAGUCUGGUUCAGCUCAGCGCAAAGUACCCACGGAUUCAAGCAUCAAACUCAUCGACAAAGACGAUGGCACUGUUUUCAUUUUCCAGUCGCGUGCCGAGUUAUCGGCCUUCAAAUUCCAAAGGUAUAUGCAGCGAUACCUCCGCGUUAUUCAGUCCAUCGAUGACAACGUGGGCCGGAUGCUAGACUACCUUGACGAGAAUGGUUUGUCAGAGAACACAUUGGUGAUCUAUACCUCUGAUCAAGGCUUCUUCCUCGGCGAGCACGGAUGGUUUGACAAACGCUUCAUGUACGAGGAGUCUUUCCAGAUGCCAUUCCUCGCGCGAUACCCCAAGGAGAUCAGACCAACAUCUACUUGUAACGAUAUUAUUUGCAAUGUGGAUUUUGCACCAACUUUUCUGGAUCUAGCAAGCAUCAAGAUCCCGAACUACAUGCAAGGAGACUCUAUCAUGCCGCUCUUGCGGGGGAAGACCCCAGAAACCUGGCAGCAAGUUGCCUACCACCGUUACUGGAUGCACAACGAUAUAAUCCACCAGGCAUACGCGCACUACGGUGUGCGUGAUCACCGUUACAAGCUCAUUUAUUGGUACAACGAAGAUCUUGGUGUGGCUGGAGCUCGACCAGGCAAAGCCGAAGAUCCGAACCAAGAAGAGGAAAAAGAGUGGGAAUUAUUCGACUGCGAAAAGGACCCGUUGGAACUCUUUAACGUGUAUGACGAUCCAUCAUACGCGGCUGUUGUAGCAAACAUGACCGCUUUGCUGGAGGCGAAGAUGGAACAUAUUGGAGACGAUCCCAUCCAUCUACGCUUGACUGGUGUUAACGCGAAGAUGCGUCGCGCAAGAUGA